AUGGUGCGACUCGGACUGUCCGACAGCAUGCGCUCUACUGUGUCCAUCGAGGACACGGAGCCUCUUCACACGGCUUCGCACCGCCGUACACCACGUCGGCUACAUUCAGCAUCAACAGCAACGCCGACGGACGCGUCUAACAAGCAGCGGAUGGAGUCGAAGACUUCGUCGUUCGUGCUCUCUAACUCUCUGCGGAUCCUUCUAGGCGGCGUAUUGGCUAUUGUAUUGCUCUCCACCGGCAUUAAAGUACUCAACAUGGCUGUGCGCAUCUCAAGGAUCAGCAAUGCGGGGACAAGAACGCAAUUUGAGCGGCUAGAGAGGAGCAUUGAGCUGUUAAGCAGGGACACUACGAGGCUACAAACGACUGCCGAUAGUUUCCUGCAGAGCUGCCAGGAGGCACAAGUGGCAGCCUCUACGAGGACGGAAAUGCUGCAAAACGCGGCAAAUAGCAGAUUUAAAGAGCAGACGAAGACGCAGAUUGAGGAGCACGAACAGAUCAUGAAGGAGGUGAUGCAGUAUUACGCCCAGCAGGAAAGGCAGGUGUUGGAGGCAAGAGAGCGGCUCAUGAAGAUGAACGUCACUCUCCCAGUACAAAUGGCUGCAAGACCAGCGACCGAGACCUGGCAACAGGUUGAACAGGGCGGAGACGUGGUGGAGCUAGGAGGUGCUCGUGACAGACUGGCUGAAGCAAUGGAAGGACUCGAACUGUUUGCGAAGAAAACGCUGCUGGAUGAAGGUGAUGACUACCAGCGUCUGAGUCUGGAGAGCAUUUCGAUUCAGAGAACGGAGGAGUUUGAAAGCAGCCGACAAAUGAGAGAAGAUACGUCGAGCUCGUACGGCUCGUUGGUAUUCUACUCCUUGGUGGUGUGCACCUCUGCUAUUUAUCUGUUGUACGCCGUCCUGGAUACGAGGAAGAAGGAACUGCUGGAAGACAAGUGGGCUUGGUCCCCAGUUCCAACGAUCCUAACUCGAUUGAGGGCUUUGCUGGGCUCAGUCGUGGUCAUUGAAGAUUUACAACCGCCUAACAACAAAGACGACGACGCAUACUCAUCCUAG